AUGCAGGCAGUCUUAGCCGGCUUUGGCUUGCUGCCGGCCGAAUUCGCCGAGGCCUCGUCACUGCCUGGAUCGUCGUCUUAUGUGGCCCAGCCUGGGUUCCCGACGAGUGUUUUCUCAUCUUACCAUUACCUACCGGCAAAACCGACCCAGCAACCUCAGCCAGCUAUUCAUGAUCCUAUAUUGAAUAUUACAUUUCCCCAUAACUUAACCAAUCCCGAUACGAUUCCAGAGAACCAUGACCCUGUGGUCUUCCCGAUUCCCCUUCUGAAACUAUCGGAUCGCCAACAGAAAGCCAUGAUCCAGAGGACGGUGGCAAAUGUGACGAGCAUUUUCAAUGGCAGCAGAAAUGCAGAUACCUGCAGCACUUGCAAAGCGGCGCUGUCUGCUGCUAAGCCUGCGGCUCUGUAUGCCCCUAAACUGGUUCCCGAUGCCAUGACUUCUUUGUGUAAGAUGUUUGGCUUCAAAUCGGACGAGGAAUGCGAGAACGAGUACACUGAAACGGCUUUCGGAGUCCCCUGGACACAGGUGCUCUAUUAUGCAGACGUCGAAGGUUCUGAUGGCGACUACAUCUGUUAUUACCUGGAUAGCGAUGUCUGCAGUCAGCCUCAAACCCGCCUGGACACAACCAAUCUGUUUCCAAAACCCAAGCCAGCAGAUACUAGCGUGCCCAAACCUAGUGGUGAGCGGAUCAAGGUAUUGCAUCUUUCUGAUAUCCAUCUGGACCCGCGGUACUCUGUGGGCUCUGAAGCAAACUGCACAUCCGGGAUGUGUUGUCGGACCAACCUUCAUAACUCCGAAUUUGAGGAUCAAGUUGUUCUGCCAGCCUCGUCCUAUGGUGCAUACAAAUGUGACACACCCUAUGACCUUACACUUGCUGCCCUGGAAGCACUUGCUCCUUUGACCGGAACCGGGGAAGGCAAGGACCCGUUGGCGUUCACGCUGUACACGGGAGACUUGAUUUCGCAUGACAAUCCCGCUAUCCAAAUUGACAGGGCCUAUACUCAAUAUACCGAAACGAGUGUAUUUGGUAUGCUCAAAUCAUACCUCACAGGCCCGGUCUUUGCCGCUUUAGGCAAUCAUGACACCAGUCCCGAGAACCUCGCACCUUCUCAUAGCCUACCGGGUCCGUUAGGCCAACAGAACAGCUGGAACUAUAAGCAUUUAGCUGGGCUGUGGCAGCAUGGCGGAUGGAUUAAUGAAAAGACUGCCGCAGAAGCUAGUACACAUUAUGGUGGCUAUUCAAUCAAAACUCACUACGGCUUGCGUGUGAUUACUUUCAACACAGACUUCUGGUAUCGAAGCAACUUUUUCAACUUCAUCAAUACAACGCAGGCUGAUAAUUCGGGUGUAUUUUCCUGGAUGAUAUCCGAGCUUCAAAAAGCAGAAGACAGCCAUGAGCGAGUCUGGAUUGUCGGCCAUGUUCCCUCUGGGUGGGACGGAUCGAACCCCCUUCCCAACCCCACAGAUCUCUUUUAUCAGAUCGUGGAUCGUUAUUCGCCGCAUGUCAUUGCGAACAUCUUUUACGGCCAUACUCAUGAGGACGAAUUCAUGAUCUAUUAUUCGAAUAACGGCACCGAACAAAAUAGAGACACCGCUCUAGCGACUGGCUGGAUUGGACCCAGCAUCACGCCCUUGACCAACCUGAACAGCGGGUUCCGGAUGUAUGAAGUUGACACUGGAGACUUCAACGUCUACGAAGCGUAUACCUUCUUCAGCAACGUUUCGGAGUUCUCCUCUCUCGAAACGACUGGCCCGGUAUACCGCUUUGAGUACUCUACCAGAGACACCUAUGGGCCCGCGGCUGGAUGGGGUGAGAGUGAUCCGUUGAACGCGACAUUCUGGCACCAGGUCACCGAGGCGAUGGAGGAUGACGGGGAGCUGGUUACUUUGCAGAAUAGACUGCAGGGCCGACUGAGCGUCAAGAGCCCUGAUUGCACGACUGCCGCAUGCUGGGAGGCGAAGAUCUGCUACAUGAGAAGUGGAAGCGCCACGCUCGGUAGACAAUGCACCCAGGGGUACGGGUCUGUACAAAGUCAGUUCAAGCCGUAGGCUUUGGUUGGUGUUUAGAAGCUUGUUUUACAUACCAUGCUCUGACCUUUACUUGGAAAGUAUUGCUUGACUUCUAUUGAUAUAGCUAGAUCAGUUUGCAUCGGUUUACUUAUGGCUUAUGGCUUAUGGAUAU